CGCCCGCCGCCGCCGCCGCGGCCUGUGCCUGCUCCGCGCUCCGCCAUGUACCCGGCCUGGGGCUUGUACGGGGCGGCCGGGCACUACCCGCCGCCCCCCACUUCCAUCCCGCCCCCGCCGCUGCCCAUCCCGCCCCCCAGCGUGCCGCCUCCCGCCGUGCCGCCGAUGCCGCUGCCCAGCUACCCGCCGCCGGGCCCCGCGCCCCCCGCCGCCGCGCCGCCGCCCGCCGGUUCCUCGGGGUUUUUGAGCCUGCAGGAGCAGCACCUGGCCCAGCUGCAGCAGCUCCAGCAGAUGCACCAGAAGCAGCUGCAGUCCGUGCUGCUGGGCCCGCCGCCGCCGCCCGGGCCGCCCCCUCCGGGGCUGCCGCCGCCGCCGCUGCCCGGCUCCUUCACCGACUGGCAGCAGCAGCCGCCGGUGCCGCCGGUGCCGCCGCCCGUCCGCAGCUAUCAGAAGCAGUUCGCCCACCGCGAGCCGCCGCCCCGCAAGCCGCCCGCCGCCGCCCGGGACCGGGAUGGGCAGGAGCCGCUGGGCGGGCACGGCGACUGGGGCGAGCCGGUGCCCGCCGAGCCGGUGCCCAUGGACAUGGAGCUGUCCUCGCCGCCGCAGUCCCCGCAGCCCGCCGCCCAGCCUUACCUGCCCCCCGCCCAGCCCUACCUGCCGCCCCCCCAGGCCGAGCCCUACCUACCCCCCGCCCAGCCGCCCCCGACCCAGUCCCCGCCGCUCCAGCCCUACCUGCCCCGGGCGCAGCCUUCCCAGCCGCCCCCCUCCUUCUCCGAACCCCCGCCCUCCUACUUGGAGCCACCGCCGGCCACCGCCUCACAGCCCUACCUGCCGCCUCCCGCCCAGGGAUACAUGGCACAUCCCCAGCCCUACCUGCUCUCCUCCCAGGCCUCUCCUUCCCAGUCCGCGCAGCCCGCCCUGGCCCCCUCCAUCCCUCCCCCGGCCAAGCCCUCGCAGGCGCAUUUCCCACCGCCCCAGCCGUCCUUGCCCCCUCCCGCCGCUGCCCAGCCGGAGGCCGCGCAGGGUGCCCCCAAGGAGGGCGGUGGCACGGAGCAGCCAGACCCCUCCACCAUGACCCCCCAGGAACAGCAGCAAUACUGGUACCAGCAGCACCUGCUUAGCCUGCAGCAAAGGGCAAAAGCCCAUGCUCAGGGACAGCAGCAGAUGAAAAGUCCAGUAUUGAAGGAUGCAUCUGAGCAGAGAGCAAAGUCUGAAGAAGGGAAAAUGGGUGCUUCAAAUCAGCAGUCUGAACCUCCUCCACUUAAUGAAUCCCUGCCUCCAGCUUCCAAAGAAGAUGAGUCUUCUCUUACAUCCACUGAAACUCAGCUCAAUAUUGAACCUCCUGAUGACCCUGAGGAAGAUUUGAGAUUGCAGCAAUUGCAAGCAGCAGCAGCUCAGUGGCAGCAGCACCCCCAUCACCGAGUUGGAUUUCAGUAUCAGAGAAUAAUGCAGAAGCAUGCUCAGCUGCAGCAGAUAGUACAGCAGUAUCAACAGGUCAUGCAGCAGCCUCCACACUUAGAGACAAUGUCAGUGGACAUGCAACUGCGGCAUUAUGAGGCACAGCAAAAACAAUUCCAGCAGCUUCAUAAAGAUUGGGAACGAUCAAUGAACCAACAGUGGCAGCAUCAGCUUCAAACCUACCCUCACAAAGAUCAGCUUCAGGAGUAUGAGAAACAGUGGAAAGCGUGGGAUGAACAGAUGAAGGUCACUCAGUCCCACCUGCAGGAGAAAGUGACCUCACUCCAAAAUCUGAAGAAUCAGUAUCCUGCAAAUGUUUCCCUGCCACCUCCAUUUAUUCCAUAUUCUCAAACUGGUCAAGGUGGCAUUCCUAUUAUGCCUCCAACUUUACCUUCAACUACACCUCCACUGGUUCCCCCACCUCUCUCUUCUGUUUCUCAGUUGUCCAAUUCCUCUGUCCCUUCAGGAUCCAGUUCUCAAAGCAGUCAAUCUUCUGAGACACCAAGGCCAGCUCUGCUUCCCACCCCUGGUACCUAUGCAUCAAAAAUAGCUAGUUCAACUGUCUACUCACCUUAUCAUUCUCAAGCAAGUUCAUCCUUUAGCUCAUCAGACCACGGAAAAUCUCAAGUUCAUCUUAGUAAACAAACUGUAUCUGUUUCAUCUGAGCAAGGAUGUGGGGAACUGAAAGGCACUUCUGCAGUGUCUUCAACACACACAUCUAUUGUGCAGGAUAAACCAGUGAGGUCAGGUGGAUUGCUUCCAGAUCCUCCUAGAUCAGCACGUUUUGAAGGCCCCAGAGGCCCUAGAUUUGAUGGAUGCCGAGGAAGAGGAUAUGACAAGUUUGAAGGCUCAAGACAGAGAGGACCUCGUUUUGACUCUCAGCGCUCAGAAGGAUACAGGUCACGUUUUGACAGGCAGAAUACAGAUGGACAGUCUUCAAGUAGAUGGGGGUCUAUCCCGCGAGGACCAGCAGGACAAUUUUAUACUUCGACAAAUGCAUCACAGGGACAUGGUUCCCGACCUAGUGGCCCACGGUGGAUGGGGCCCAGGCCUCACUUGGGACAGCAGCAGCAGCAGGCACAGACGGAGUCAGAGUCAGAAAACAAAGAACCUUUUACAGACACAGCUGGUGAUCAGCAGACUGUAAGCAGAACACAGUCUACUCCCGAUACACAGACUGCAGGUCCCAUUGAGCCAAAUGAGGACCUGACAGACACUCAACAGGAACCAUCCAAACCUGAAGUCAAAGAAACUAUUUCAGACCCUCCUAAAAAGUGGACAUGGAGUUCACAUGAUCCUAACCAGCAAGUAGAAGAGUCAAAGGCACCUACUUCACCUGCUCAGAACCAGAAUACUGUAACACCUGUAACAGGAAAUGAGGAUUUGGAUUCACCAGAUGGCCAAUUGACUGCUUCAGAUAGCACCCAGGGCUUACCUGGACCAGAAAGCAGAGGGAAAGGGCCGUUUAUGCAUGAAGAUAGAGGCAAGGGACCAGUAAGCAGAGGAAGGGGCCGUGGCAGAGGGCAGGGGGAUGGCCGUGGCUGGGGAAUGGGCCGUGGCAGGGGCAUGGGAAGGAUGGAUGGUGGCCGGGGAAUGGGAAGGAUGGACAGUGGUUGGGGAAUGGGCAGGAUGGACGAUGGCUGUGGCAGAGGAUAUGUAUACAGAGGCAGAGGUCAGGCUAGGCAGGCAUCCAUCCGUGGCAGGGGAAUGUUCAGGAGAGCAGACAGCAGGGAGAGGAUGCCAGAUGGACAGUCAGGCAGCCGAGAGAGGAUGCCAGAUGGAAGGUCAGGCAGCCGAGAGAGGGGCCCGGGUGGACGGUCAGAUAGUCAUGAGAGGGUAUUCUCUAGCCGAGACAGAGAACUAGCUGGACGGACAGGCAGCUGGGACAGGGGACGGGCAGGAAGCCGGGAGAGAGGCCCAGUCAGGCGGGCGUGUAGCCGGGAAAGAGAGCCCAUGCGGGGGGCGAGUAGCCGGGAAAGGGUCCCUGUCAGGCGUGCAGGUAGCCGGGAGAGAGUCCCCAUGAGGCGAGCAGGUAGCCGUGAGAGGGGCCUGGGCAGGCGGGCAGGUAGCCGGGAGAGGUGUCCUAUCAGGAGGGGAGGUAGCCAUGAGAGGGAAGCAGGAAGACCUGAAACAGGCAAUAUGGGUAAACCCCUUCACCUAGGAGAUGACCCUGAUGAAUUGCCUCCAUACCAUCGAGAUGAAACAUUCAGGGGUUCUUGGGGUCAUGAAGACGAUAGAAUGCAAGAAGAAUUUCCUUUAGAUAGUCAAGAUGACCCUUCUUUGGAGCAUGAGCAAUUGGAUGACUGGGAAAGAGAACAAUACUGGAGAGAUCACAACUCUGAUUAUCAGGAUGAUGCUGUAGAUGCAUAUGACAGAGAUGACAGGUUGCAAUCCCACCAUUCACUGCCUCCAUUGUCUCCUCUGCCACCACUACCUCCUUUAUCAUCUGAUCAUGACAGACGAGAUUCAUGGUGGGAUGACUGGAAAAGGCCAAGAGAAAGGGAACUAGAGAGAGAUCUAGAUAGAACUGGAAGAUCCUCAGAUAUUUAUGAUCAAGAUUUAGACAGAGAAUGGGAUAGAGACUGGGACAUGAGAGCUAUGCAUGACAGAGAAAUGGGUAGUUGUGACCUGGAUAUCCCUCCACUACCACCAUUACCACCUCUUCCACCUCUGGACAGGUAUCGUGAAGAUAGGUGGAGGGAGGAUAGGAACAGAGAUCAUUAUGACAGAGAUCUCCGAGACAGGGGGGAGCUUAGGAUUCGAGAGUAUCCAGAGAGAUACGACACAUGGCGGGAAAAGCAAGACUACCUUCCUGAAAGGACUGAUUGGGAGAGGGAACGGUUGUCGGAUAGGUGGUAUCCAGAUGAUGGAGAGAGACUGCGGUCUCUGGAUGACCACUCAGAUUCAUCCCUUCCUCCACCUUCACAUUCCUGUGAUAUGCUGGGAGCAGAUUCAAACCUGGACUCUGACCAGUCCUUGGGAGGAGUGAUGGUCCUUAGCCAAAGACAGCAUGAGAUAAUUCUGAAGGCUGCCCAGGAGCUCAAAAUGCUUCGAGAGCAAAAAGAACAGCUACAGAAGUUGAAGGAGUAUAAACCUGACAUUUCCACACAGGACCCUCCAAGAUCACAGAACACAAGCACAAGGCCAGGUGCCUUUCAGGUCUCUUCUCAGCUAUCUUCAGAGGCAUCAGUAGAAGCCCAAGCUAUUAAACCUUCUCCUGCUGUUAUUAUAAAGCCUCCCGUGUUGUUCAGACAGCCCACCCCUGUGACAAGACCAAGUGCCCCCCUGGCAAGGCCUACUACACCUAUGACAAGGCCACAUGCUCCAGUUUCUACUCCAACUACAACCCCAAGUCAUGGUCAGUCUUUAAAACCAUCACAUUCUGCUGUGGAACAGGAACGCUGGGAUGAGGAUUCUUUCCACGGACUGUGGGACACAAAUGAGGAUAAAGGUGCAAAUAUGGAGUAUGAGUUACGUAAACAGGAGUCAAUGAUGCCUCCACCUGUUUCCUCGCCUGUGAAAAUACCUUCUGUCCACACCUCUGUCCCAUCAUCUGUACCAGUGUCCCUUUCUCCAGUUAUUCCACCAGUUCCUAAAGCACCUGUCAUUCAGCAAACUGUGGAUUAUGGCCACGGGCGAGAUAUAACUACCAGUAAAGUGGAACAGAUUCCAUAUGGGGAGAGGGUAACCCUUCGUCCAGAACCUCUACCGGAGAGGCAAACAUUUCAAAAAGAGCAUCCAGGUCGCUACAACAGAGAAAGAGAUCGUGAGCCUUAUUUUGAGCGUCAAGGUAAUUCCAACACAGAUCAUCGGGAUUUCAAGAGAGAGCGGGAAUUGCACAGAGACCGUGGUUCUGUGGACUAUGAACGAGAGAGAUUUGAAAAAGAGAGGCAUCCCAGAGAUGAUAGGGUUCUUCCUACUACACCUACAAGAACUCAGUCUUACCGUGACAAGAAAGACCAUCCAUCCUCCAGGCGAGGUGGUUUUGAAAGACCACCAUAUGAACGGAAGACAGAUCGCCCAGCAUAUGAUCAUGGGCCUUCCAUGUUUGGAGAAAAUUCUUCUGUCCAAACACUGGAAUUUGAAGGUGAUCGUAGAAAUUACUCUGAGGAAAGGAUUCCUAUUUCUGCUCCAUCGAUACCCCGUCAGCCACCACCUGCUCCAAGAAUGGAAAGGAAGCCAGAAUCUAAAAAUGUAGAUGAUAUUUUAAAGCCACCAGGACGGGAUAGCAGACCAGAGAGAAUUGUGAUCAUAAUGAGAGGGUUGCCUGGCAGCGGAAAGACACAUGUAGCAAAACUCAUCAGGGAUAAAGAAGUAGAGUGUGGGGGACCUGCACCAAGAGUGCUCAGCCUGGAUGACUAUUUUAUCACUGAAGUGGAGAAAGAAGAGAGAGACCCAGAUACAGGAAAAAAAGUUAAAAAGAAGGUGAUGGAGUAUGAAUAUGAAGCUGAUAUGGAAGAGACCUAUCGUACCAGCAUGUUUAAAACUUUCAAAAAGACCUUGGAUGAUGGCUUCUUUCCCUUCAUUAUCCUUGAUGCUAUCAAUGAUAGAGUGCGACAUUUUGAACAGUUUUGGAGUGCUGCAAAAACCAAGGGGUUUGAGGUGUACUUAGCUGAAAUGAGUGCAGAUAACCAGACGUGUUCCAAGAGGAAUAUUCAUGGACGCAAGCUAAAGGAUAUCAGCAGGAUGUCUGAGCACUGGGAGGCAGCACCACGUCAUAUGAUGCGCCUGGACAUUCGUUCUCUAUUGCAGGAUGCUGCUAUCGAAGAGGUGGAGAUGGAGGAUUUUGAUGCAAAUAUUGAAGACCAGAAAGAAGAAGUCAAGAAGGACACAGCAGAGGAGGAAGAAAGUGAACUGGGAUUCCGUCCUGCGCCUGAGAUGCGUCUGAGCCAAGCUCUGAACAGUUAAUGUGGAGCAGAUAAGCCCUGUUACCUGAGUGGGAAUGGCACAAGGAUGCAUGUCUUCAAGGAUGCUUCUCAGAAAUCGCCUUUUAACUCCUCAUAGAAUAAUUAAGUUGAUUUUUAUCUAGAGGUUUACCCCAGUGAGUCAGUCCUCUUCCACUUUGCAUUCGGAGGGCUGCUACAUCUUAAUGUGGGUUUGGUGGAUGUAAUUUUAUAAUUUUGAUGUAAUUUUGAAUUCUGUGGUGUGGAUUCAUGUGCUGAGGCACACUGAAUGUCUGAAGCUAUACUACACUCUUAUGAAUUAAUAACAUAACUGUAUGUUAAAUCUUAACAGUGCAGAACUGCAUUGUCAUGGUAGGAGAUUUCCCCAGUGCUACAGUUCUGUUUAAAUGUCUUAUGGGAAAAACAGACGUUGGAGAGGUGUCUGCAUAGAACCGUCCUCUCUAUUAAUUCUCAGUGCUUCUUUAUUUGUACCUAGAUUUAGGGCUAUCAUGUGGAUCUUUCCCUUGUAGGGCCUGACUUUUUUUGUAACACCAUAUUUACCUUGUCAUUACUCCAUUACUUUUCUGCAUGAUAUCAGAGUUACAUAUACAACACUUGCAUUUCUCUGUCCUCUCUGCUGCCUUCUCCCCCAGCUUUCUUAAUUAUUUUGUAUGUCUGAGAAUCCUUUCUCAACUUUAGCUUCCAGAAUGCAUUGUUGUGGUUUGGGUGUGGGCUCUGAACUCUAUGGUUUAUCUCCAGUGGAAAAAGCCACUGAAUGCUUGCAAACACAUGGCCAUUCAAUAAUAUACUGAAUAAAGACAACUGAACUGGCACUAGAAGACUUUGUGAGAUGGUGAACUGAAUUUUGCAAACUGCUGAAGUAGCAAGAUCCUUGGAUCACUGGAGUAUGUUGCAGGAAUGAUGCAAGGGCCAGUAAAUUUUUCUGAAAAGACCUUUGGGACUCUACAUGCUGCUUUCAUGUGAUGCUGGUUCCACCAUCGUUUGCAAAGAGGAGCUGAUCUUCAAAGGAUUGCUGCUAGUUGCCAGAGAACAACAUAUGCAGAAAAUACAGCUGGAUGGCCCUGAGGCUGAUGAUUGGCUGACAUAAUGGCCCAUACAAUAGUAUUAAGAGAGGUAAGAUCAUCUGACGGUAACUGUGAGUCUACUGACUGACUGAGGCCUUAAUACCCAUUAUUUGUCAAGAGACAGAUCUGGAGAGUUGAAGUUAGAAGUUAGACCUUUUCCACAAUCAGUUAAUUUGGAGGCAAAUAGUCAUAGAUGGUGGUGUGAUCAGAGUAGAUCAAUACCAUGAGGAGAUGGUGGGCUUCACUACGAGUGUAUUGAUACAGACAGACUGUGGGCUGUUAUAAGGGAACAGGACACACAUUGGUGUUCCCAAAUGUGCAAAGGAAAGAAAUUGCUAUCUUUUUGCUUGAAAUACAGAAAACAGUUUUAUAGAAACAACCUUACAGCAGCUCAGGAGAAAGAUGAUUCUGUAGUUUUGUCUCUGUUGUUCAAGAGUUCACACGGCAACAAUUUGUUCUGCACCAAACAGAUGCUCUGUGCCAUUGCAGUCUUCCCCACAGUUACUGCUCAAGAAAAACUGGUCCAAAAAUAAUUCCUUCUAGGAUGAGGUGAUCCCUUCUAAAAAAUGACAUGCAAACAUCUUUAUGAGUAAACCCAGGAUCUACAAGGAUUUUGUUUCUGUGGUCGAUAUGACUGUUCAAAUGCAGAAUACGUUGCCACCAGCAUCCUGGUUACAUUGCAGGUACGGAAGAUGCUUACACAAGCAAAUCAUACAGUGCUAGUGGACAUCUCCAGUUAAUUGCUAACAUAUGGGUGAGUAUAGUGUUGUUAUCCUUUACAUUUCCAUAAAUAAUCAAAGCUCCACGAAGUUCUUGAAACAGAACAUUCAUCACCAGAUUAAACACUCCAGCCUUGGCCUUGCUUGUUACAAUCUUGUUACAGCCAAGAACCUGUGCCAUGAAUGCAGAGACCUUCACUGACUGGACUGUUACUAAGAUGGUGUUUUCAACUUCCAGAUGCUGCCAGUUCUGCAAGGUUGUGCUGGUAUUUUGGAUAACAUUGCUCAUUAAAAAUUUAGUCAGAAAUGGAGGUGAGAUUGCUUUGAAGCUCAGGGCUUAGAAAUAGCUGCAGAAUAAAUGGUUUGUUUGAAGUCACAGAGAGAAAUGCAGUGAAGCUCUGACAACAGCAGUGACUCCGGAUGCUGCAUAGGAGCUUGUGCUCUGCAAGUUAUUUGAAGAGUCCACUGCCAACUAAAAAGCACCUGGUGUUCUGUGCUCAGUUAGAAAUGCCCUUCUAACGACCUACCACAAAAGAACAAACUAAAAAAUCUCUGGGCUCACAGCUGCAGCCCGGGACAUUGUGAAAUAUGAAUAGAUGAUAAUUCUGCUUUAUAGUGAUUGCUCAAGAGGGGAGAGCACUCUGGCUUUUAAAAUACCAUUUCUACAGCAUGAUCUUUUUGUAACUGUGGGUACUAUUCUGAAAGUGUUUUAUCUAAAACCAGCCUUUGUAAUUGUUUUUAUUUGAACACAGGUUGCACUCAAUCAGAGGGACUCUACAGACAGAGAUGUGCAGGGCUGGCCUUACUUUUUCCUUGAGAAUGAAUUCUUGGUGUUUUUAAAUGUUCUUAUGUCUACUGUUUCUUACUCACAGACCUGGAAGUUAGAAAUGGAAAACAAUUAUGCUGUUGAAUAUUCUGUGCUUGCUCUCUGAGAACCAAAUGACAACAGGUUUUAUAUAGAGAUGUAUAGAUAUGUAGAUACACAUACAUGUUCUCAGGUAUUUAUUUUUAAAUAAUAUAAAGUAUUUUUUAUCAUUUUUGUUCUUUGUGUAAAGCUAUGGAUGACACUUAUAUGCUAUGGGAUAUCCAGUAAAAUAUUUUCCUUGAA